UCUUCUCCCCUAACUCUCCACGCAGCCCACCCCCUUCUCUCCAGACCUGAGGACCUCCACACCCCUCCCCAGAGCUCCUGACACUCCUCUCCACCCAUGGCCCCAGCCUCCAAGGGUGUUCGCCCACCCUUCACCCUGCUCAGCCAGAUAUUAGGUGCAUCAAAGCCUCCCACCUGCCCAGCCCCAGGACCCCUUCACACACACCCCACUUAGUUCGGCACCCCCAACCCCUUUCUGCCACCUCAGACUCUGACUUUUCUCCACCUCAGCCUCCAUUUCUCUUCUGAAAAAUACCUAGUCACCCUCAUUUCUCCAGUCACCCCCAAAUCCCUCCACUAUACCUUUCCUAGACCAUCUCUGAAAGCCCCAGCCCACCCAUGGCACCUUUAGCCUGCUGCCUGCAUCUUCCUGAAGCCAAGCAGCUUCCCCAUGCUCUAGGAGCUGACCUUUUCCCAAGAACCCCCACCCCAACUCCAUCUGUCUCAACCCUGCUUUCCCCCUCCACAGAUUUGCUCUCCCUCCUUGUUCCCAGGCUCCCCCCUCACACACUUGUGGUCUCCCUGCUCUGUUUCUCUAGUUCAACUUUUCUCUUUCCCUGCUCCCAUUCCUCCCAAGGAAACAUGCCCUAAACUGUCACCGAAUGAAGCCUGCUCUCUUUAGUGUCCUGUGUGAAAUCAAGGAGAAAACCGGCCUCAGCAUUCGAAGCUCCCAAGAGGAGGAGCCAGUGGACCCACAGCUGAUGCGCUUGGACAACAUGCUUCUGGCAGAGGGUGUGGCUGGGCCCGAGAAAGGGGGGGGCUCAGCGGCAGCAGCCGCAGCCGCUGCAGCCUCUGGGGGCGGCGUGUCCCCUGACAACUCCAUCGAACACUCGGACUAUCGCAGCAAACUUGCCCAGAUCCGCCAUAUAUAUCACUCCGAGCUGGAGAAGUAUGAGCAGGCAUGUAAUGAGUUCACGACCCAUGUCAUGAAUCUGCUGAGGGAGCAGAGCCGCACGCGCCCCGUGGCACCCAAGGAGAUGGAGCGCAUGGUGAGCAUCAUCCACCGGAAGUUCAGCGCCAUCCAGAUGCAGCUCAAGCAGAGCACCUGCGAGGCUGUCAUGAUCCUGCGUUCCCGCUUCCUGGAUGCCAGGCGAAAACGCCGUAACUUCAGCAAACAAGCCACUGAAGUCUUAAAUGAGUAUUUCUACUCCCACCUGAGUAACCCAUAUCCUAGUGAGGAGGCGAAGGAGGAGCUCGCCAAAAAGUGCGGCAUCACCGUCUCUCAGGUCUCCAACUGGUUUGGCAACAAGCGGAUUCGCUAUAAGAAAAAUAUUGGGAAGUUCCAAGAGGAGGCAAACAUCUAUGCUGUCAAGACUGCCGUGUCAGUCACCCAGGGGGGCCACAGCCGCACCAGCUCCCCGACACCCCCUUCCUCCGCAGGCUCUGGUGGCUCUUUCAAUCUCUCAGGAUCCGGAGACAUGUUUCUUGGGAUGCCCGGGCUCAACGGAGAUUCCUAUUCUGCUUCCCAGGUGGAAUCGCUCCGACAUUCAAUGGGGCCAGGGGGCUACGGGGAUAACCUCGGGGGAGGCCAGAUGUACAGCCCUCGGGAAAUGAGGGCAAAUGGUGGCUGGCAGGAGGCUGUGACCCCAUCCUCAGUGACAUCCCCAACCGAGGGACCAGGGAGUGUUCACUCCGACACCUCCAACUGAUCUUGCCCCUCAGGAUCACAGGGGUGGACCCCUCACAAGGCGACUCUUGAAGAGGACGCAGGCAUCCAGAGGACAAACCCCCAAACACAGAAGAAGCACAAGACAGAAGGGCAAAUGGGGUUGUCCCCUCCCCAACUAGACUCUCAGUGCUGGGGGUGCUGACUAUAUGUCAGGGAGAAUGGGACCCCUAAGGGGAAAGUGGGGUCUGUCUCCUCCUUUUUUCCUUUUUUCAGUCUUUUUCCUCUCCCCCUUUCUCUCUUACACAGAAACACAUACCCAGAAACCUAUUUUUCUGACCCCCUUUUCUCCUCUUCCUCUGUCUCUGUCUCUCUGCUCUUCUCGCUCCCUCUCUCUCUCUCAUAUACACUCAUAUACAACUAUUCUGUUUCUCUUUCUGGGCUUCCCCACUUUCCUUUCCCCACCCCACUUUUAUGCUCUGGAAUCUGUGGAGAUGCCAGCCCUGCCUGACCAGAGAUGCCAAAAAUGGGGACACAACUUCUGGACAGAGGACAUGGGCCACGCCCCCUGUGCAUCCCCACCCCCUGCCCCUCCAGACGGCUUUAUUACCUCAUACGCAGCUCAUCUUAAACCAAUAGAAUCGCUCGGUGGA